UCUGUUGGCUCUUGCCUGUUUCAAUUUGGUCAAAACUGAUUAUUUAGCUUAGAGGCUGAAGCUUUAGACAUUAGACAAACAGAUCAAAAGAAUUGAAUUCACAAGAAACAGAGACGAUUAAAUGGCAAAUCAAGGAGCCAAAAAACGCAAAGAAGAGAACUCCCGCCACAUCAAAAAUCUUCGCCACCUCAUAAUCGCCUGCAACGUAAUUUAUGUGUUGGUGAGAAUGCUGAUUUUUCACUCAACUUUUAGUUGGGGACAUUGGUUGGGGCUAGUUUUGACCUCUAUUGCUUAUUAUCUUCCUUAUCAACAACUUGCUUCAAUGGCUAAACCUGCAUAUGCUGAUGAUGGGGAGCUUCUUGAUGGCGGUUUUGAUAUGAGUACCGGCGGUAUUUGUGGCUAUUUGCAUGACAUUAUCUACAUUACAAGCUUUGUGCAACUCACGUCCAUUAUUUCUAAUAAGUUUUGGUACACUUAUUUGGUGAUACCAGCUUUUGGAUUGUACCAAUCAAUUGGCUUUAUUAAAGGAUUUUUACCACAAGGGUCUGAGGGAAAUGAGGAGGAUGAAAAGACUCGGAAGAAGAGAGAAAGGAUGGAGAAGAAAGCUUCACGAGGCAAGUUUGUGAAGACAAGAACUAGAUAAGUGUCAUCAUAUGAAAUGACUAAACCAGCUGAUCGUAAUAGUACUUCCAUUCUAAUUGAGAAGAUCAACCACUUGCCAAUUAUUGACAAUUAUGGUCAAAAAUUGGACAACCCGGUGUAAGUACUUUCACAGAAGUACGUGCAUACUUUCUUUUCCUUUUGUGUUACUAUAUGUGUUCAUAUUAUUACACAUACAGAUUUUGAAGCUAGAAAAUUGAGGCCGUAAUUUACCUUUUGAGUUAAA